AUGGCCCAAAUUGCUCUUCUUGUUUUAACUGCUUUUUCCACAAUUACAGCCACUUUUCCAUUUCCAGAGGAAGGCAAUACAGACGAGUCUCUUCAUGAGGGCGACAUCAAGCUGUCGCCUGAGCAACACGUUGCUCUUGAACUUUUUGGUGAUCCAACUGUCUCUAUAAGAGACGCUAGAGGGAUAACCAAUGAACGGAAACGUCUGUGGGACACCCUUGUAGUUCCAUACAACAUAACACUCGAACUGGAAGAGAAUCCUACCGCUAAAAAUGUCAUUCUUAGCGCAAUGCGGGAGUGGGAACAAAGCUCGUGCUUGAAGUUUGUGAGAAGAACAACCGAAAAGGACUAUAUUGAGUUUUUCAAAGGAGGCGGAUGUUGGUCAUAUGUUGGACGUCAAGGUGGAAAGCAGCAGAUUUCACUGGCCAGCGGUUGCUGGUAUCAAGGAACAGUUGUUCAUGAAAUGGGACACGCUCUGGGAUUCUGGCACGAGCAGAGUCGUCCUGACAGAGAUGACCACGUGGAAAUUGUUUGGAAAAAUAUACCAGAGGACAAGAAGCACAACUUCAGGAAGUACAACGUAUCUAAGAUAGACUCGUUGGGGAUCCCUUAUGACUAUCUAUCAGUCAUGCAUUACUCAUCAAAUGCAUUUGGUAUCAAUGGCUUGACCACUAUCAUAGCAAAGGAUCCGUCCAUCGAACAACUUGGGCAGCGGAUUGGUCUUAGCCCGCUGGACGUUAGACAGGCUGACUUGCUAUAUGACUGCAAAGGUAUAACUACCAGGCCGCCAGCAAAUCCCAGUCCUCUGCCACCCCCUGAUGGGCCCGAUGACUGCACAUUUGAUAACAGUCUUUGCGGAUUUACCAAUAUUGAUCGCGAUGACUUUGAUUGGACAAGGAGAAUGGGAAGGACUCCGAGUGGAAGGACUGGGCCUGAAACUGACCAUACAACUCUCCGUUUUGGAUUUUUCAUGUUCAUUGAGGCUUCAAAUCCCAUGAAGCUUAAUGAUACGGCUGUACUCCAAAGCAAGAUUUUUUUGCCUUCUGGCGAAAGGUGUCUACAAUUUUAUUACCACAUGUACGGAGAAGACAUGGGUGCGAUACACGUUCUGUAUUCAUCUGAUGCUGGAGAUAAGAAGAUCUGGGAAAAACAGCAAGAUCAGGGAAAUCAGUGGCAUUUGGCUCAUGUCCAGCUUUCUUCCGCGAAAUCCCCUUACAGGGUAAAAUUCGUUGGUGUUAGAGGAAAAGGCUAUCGAGGAGAUGCUGCUAUUGACGAUGUUUUCUUUACGGAUGGAAAAUGUCCGCGUUAA